AUGAAUGUUGAUCUCAAAAUGCUGGCCCUCAGUGAAAUAAGGAUAUCAGAACCAAUAUGCAAUGUUAUUGAACCAAGAACUGAAUUCUGCGGGAUUGAGAAUAGGGAUGUUCGGGUCAACGGAAACAUGUCCUCAGUGUAUAUUGUUUCAUCUCAAACGGAGAAUGUGAUAGAGACUAGGAAUGAUUCAUGGACUAUAAGACCUUAUGCUCGAAAAGACGACGUGACAGCAAUGAGCCUCAUUAGGAAAUGGUCAGUGAAACAAGUAAGUACCGGUGAUCACCAAGAAUCAAUCCCUACAUGUACUAGUAAUCAUAGUAUUUCAGCCAUCUUGUUUUCUAUUGGUGGAGAUACAUUGAACCAGUACCAUGACUUUGCUGAUGUGAUCAUUCCACUUGUUACAUCUCGAAAAUACAAUGGGGAAGUUCAGUUCCUUAUCACUGACAAUCGUAUUAGGUGGACUCGGAAGUUCCGAGAAAUACUAAAUGGACUGUCCAAGUAUGAGCUUAUUGACAUUGACAAAGAAUCAGAACAAGUCAUCCAUUGCUUCCCAAGCGUAACAGUUGGCCUGAAAACAUUUCGCAAUGAAAUACUUGAUCCUUUGAGAUAUUCAUAUUCUAUGAAAGACUUCAGGGAAUUUCAGAACCACUUUUCAUUAAAGAGGGCCAAUGCAAUCAAAAUAGGAGAUGGACAGUAUCAACUAAUCAAACCUCAACUUUUCAUCCUAUCAAGAAACAGAACAAGGUCUUUCACAAAUACAGGCGAAAUUACUAAGAUGGCAAGAGCCAAGAGACUUGGGGUACAAGGUAACUGUAGCAGAGUCUGACAGGAAUGUAUCAAAGUUGCAAAUAUUGUGAAUUCUUGUGAUGUGAUGAUGGGAGUUCAUGGAGCUGGCCUUCUGAACAAUCUUUUUCUACCCGAAAACGCAAUUUUUAUCCAGAUAAUUCCAGUUGGAAAGUUCGAAUGGAUUUCGAAAACAUACUAUGGAGGGCCAGCAAAGGAUAUGAAUCUUAAGUAUUUGGAAUAUAAGAUAAGCACUGAAGAGAGCACAUUGAUAGAGCAAUACCCACUAGAUCAUGCCGUUUUCACAAACCCCAGCUCUAUUGAAAAACAAGGGUGAACGGCAUUCAAGUCAAUCUAUAUGAACAAACAAAAUGUAAAGCUUAAUGUCACUAGGUUUAAACCCACGUUGUUAAAAGCUCUUGAGCUUUUGCAGCGACAUGGGCAUUGUUUUAUCUGA